CUUACCCUCUGGCCAGCUGUAGAACUGGAACAAUCAAGCAUGGGGAGCCUCUGAAGUAUUGGACAGCAAGCAGCUCCUCUGUCUCCCUCUCUUCUUACAGCAGGAGCGCACGCUGUCCGCGCCACAGCAGUGGGAGUGCAGCGCACACUGGUGAGAUACCUCCUCUGACCCGUACAAUCCAUCUCUGCGUCCUUGCACCUCUCUGGAAACAAUAAUCCCAAACACCCUCAUGGAUUUCAUGGAAACGAUUUGCUCCCCUCAUUCCUUACACGCUCUAUCUUAACGCGUCUUCUGUUGGGAAGCGAACGCGAUGUCCUGGAUGUAUUUUCUCCGGAGACUGUAAAGUGGAGGAAAGCGCAGCUCGCUGAGACCAUGAGGAGAGCGGCCACGUCCCUUGGUGGGAGCUCCGGAGGCAAAAAGCCACACUAAAAGGAAAGCAUUAUUUGCACUUUGGAGAAAAAGAUCCGUCGAUGAGGAAACAAAGAGAGACGAGAUGGUAGAGAAUGGCCGCACCUGACCUUCUUGACCCCAAGUCUGCUGCCCACAACUCCAAACCUCGCCUGUCCUUCUCAGCCAAACCGUUGGUACUGAACACUCCAGAUGAUGACGAGUGCGACACCCGGACUACUGUCAUGAGGUGGAAAACUGUGUCAGCCAUCUUCUUCCUGGUGGUGCUUUACCUCAUUAUCGGGGCGAUGGUGUUCAGAGCCCUGGAGCAGCCACACGAGAGUUCCCAAAAGCUGGCCAUUCUCGCAGAAAAACUGGACUUCUUGACGAUGCACACCUGUGUAAACUCUUCUGAGCUGGAGGAUUUAGUCAAGCAAGUGGUUUCAGCAGUCCGAGCAGGUGUGAACCCUUCAGGAAAUGCAUCCAAUCAGACAAGCCUCUGGGACAUCAGCUCCUCCUUUUUCUUUGCUGGGACUGUUAUCACCACUAUCGGAUUCGGAAACAUCUCUCCUCACACAGAAGGUGGGCGGAUCUUCUGUAUCAUUUACGCUCUGCUUGGGAUUCCCCUAUUUGGAUUCUUAUUGGCUGGUGUCGGGGACCAGCUGGGGACCAUUUUUGGGAAGGGCAUCGCCAAAGUAGAGAAGAUGAUUGUGAAGUGGAAAGUCAGCCAGACAAAGAUCCGCGUGUUCUCCACGCUGCUCUUCAUCCUGUUCGGGUGCCUCAUCUUCGUGGCCCUGCCAGCCGUCAUCUUCAAGCACAUCGAGGGCUGGAGCACACUCGAGUCCAUCUACUUUGUCGUGAUCACACUCACCACGAUUGGCUUUGGAGACUUUGUCGCUGGUGAAAAAGGUGGGUCAGAGAGUCCAGAGUAUCUGGACUACUACAAGCCUGUAGUGUGGUUCUGGAUCCUGGUGGGCCUGGCGUACUUUGCGGCUGUGCUCAGCAUGAUUGGAGACUGGUUCCGGGUCAUCUCCAAGAAAACUAAAGAGGAGGUUGGGGAGUUCCGGGCGCACGCAGCAGAGUGGACAGCAAACGUGUCAGCAGAGUUCAAAGAGACCCGGAGGCGGCUCAGUGUUGACAUCUAUGACAAGUUUCAGCGUGCUGCAUCCAUCAAGCGUAAGCUGUCUUCCGAGUUGGGUAUUAACCCGUCCAUCAACCAGGAAAUGACCCCUGGCAAGAGGACGCUGUCGGUCAACCUGUGUGAGGACAGAGAGGCUUACCCUAACUUGACUCUCUCCCUCAGUCCCGUCCCGGGGGCCCUGACCAGGAAUGGCAGCCUUUAUCUGAACGGUCUUAGCCCAGACUAUGCUGACCGGCGAGAGAUCGCCAUCAUCGAAAAUCUAAAAUGAGGAGCAGCAUGAAAAUGAAACACAUCUGGUAGUGGACAGAGGUUACAUACACACUUUUGUACUUAUUGACUGAGCUUUGUGAUAAGGUACCCGUGUGCAUUCAUUAAGUGGAUUGUGCUCCAAACAUUGAUUGAAAAACCUUGAGAGAGACUCAAACACAGAUCAAUCACCAAGCUCCGUACUUUCAUGUGCGUGUUUAACACUCACACAAAAACGUGUUGUAUUAACUCACAGGUUCCACUCAUCCUACGAAGGUGUCCAACAUUUCAUUACGUCCGUGCCAACAUGAUCAACAGCUGUGCUGGUGAUUGAGCCAAAUAAAGAGGAUGCUCCAGACUGGAACAAAUUAUUGUAUCAGAGGCAUGACUUUAUCAAACCUCUCUCGUGAGCAGGAAGAGAAUGAAAGCCCAUUUUGAGGUAGCAACACACGGGCCAUCUUCUUUUUGUAAACCCACAAACAAGCCUGUAAACACAGAAAGAAAUACAUCCAUAAAAUUUGGAAAGCAAUAGAUGUAUCUGUGCUCAUCUCUUUGAGGCCUGAAAUCUGCAUCAGAUGAAGAGGAUCCUUAUCGCUGAACACACUCAACAAUGAACGCUGGUUCUUGACGAGGCAGCAGUCCUGUGCUGACAGAGGAAUGUGGCUUUUUCUUUUAGUUUACAUUUCGUUAAAUAUGAAUUUAUAUGCCUUGCAUUUGCCGUUCAGUCUGCCCUCGCUAAAGAGAUGAUUGUUGACAUUGUUGUUCCUCCAUAACUGACAUUCAGCUUUUGACCCUAAGGAAUAAUCCACUUGUGCCUUACUGAAAAACACACUGAACAUAUUG